CAUUGUGAUCUAAAAAAUCUUUAGCUAAUCUUCGUCUCAGCAUUUACAAAUAAAGUGGGAAAAUGUCCGCGAGACCGGAGGAACUUUGUGGAGUGAAAGAGGAGCCCCCACGUCACCGACACUCGUCUGUGUGCAAACGAAUGCACGCAAAGGUUGUUCUUCACAGACUAGAAGAUCUAUAUGUCAGCCAAGCCCAUUAUCCUGAGUCUGCAUGCAUCAAGGACGAGGAGGAAGAGUCGCCAUCCAUUAAGGAAGAAGAAGAGUUCAUACACUUUAAAGGUUUCAGAAAAUACCUUAGCGCUGAGCGGCAGCAGCCAGACUCUCCUGGUGUGAAAGAGGAUGUUGAGCUCCCCCAAAUCAAAGAGGAGGAGCCAAAGUCUUGUCAACAGAAGCAACUUCCAAUCAAAAAGGAGGAGGAAGACCUGCCGUGCGUUAAAGAGGUGGAAGAAGAGGAGAACAUCACCAGGUCGACUGGUGAGCCCUUGAAGAGUGAAGAUGGUCCGAGUGAAGCCAGCAGAGGGGCGGAGCCUCCAAGCGAGGGGAGUAGCAGCAGCUCAACAGAAGGAUUGAAAGCAGACAUCAUCGCUCCGUCAGACAGAAAUGUGGCAACGUCACACUCACCUUACAAUGCAAUACGAUACAAUACAAUACAAAAACCUUUUUCCUGCUCAGUUUGUGGUCAAAGAUUCACUCGCAAGAGCACCUUAAAACAGCACACAAGAACCCACACUGGCGAAAAGCCUUUUUCCUCCUCAGUUUGUGGUCAAGGAGUCUCUCAAAAGCAACACUUAAAAAGACACACAAGAACCCACACUGGUGAAAAACCUUUUUCCUGCUCAGUUUGUGGUCAAGAAUGCAGUCGCAAGAGUUCCUUAAAAAUACACACAAGAAUCCACACUGGCGAAAAACCUUUUUCCUGCUCAGUUUGUGGUCAAAGAUUCAGUCGCAAGAGCGCCUUAAAACAGCACACAAGAACCCACACUGGCGAAAAACCUUUUUCCUGCUCAGUUUGUGGUCAAGGAUGCAGUAGCAAGAGUUCCUUAAAAAUACACACAAGAAUCCACACUGGCGAAAAACCUUUUUCCUGCUCAGUUUGUGGUCAAAGAUUCAGUCGCAAGAGCGCCUUAAAACAGCACACAAGAACCCACACUGGCGAAAAACCUUUUUCCUGCUCAGUUUGUGGUCAAGGAUGCAGUAGCAAGAGUUCCUUAAAAAUACACACAAGAAUCCACACUGGCAAAAAACUUUUUUCCUGCUCAGUUUGUGGUCAAGGAUUUUCUCAAAAGCAACACUUAGAAAGACACACAAGAACCCACACUGGCGAAAAACCUUUUUCCUGCUCUCUUUGUGGUAAAGGAUUCGCUGAAAAAGGAACCUUAAAAAGACACACAAGAAUCCACACUGGCGAAAAACCUUUUUCCUGCUCAGUUUGUGGUCAAAGAUUCAGUCGCAAGAGCGCCUUAAAAAGACACACAAGAACUCACACUGGCGAAAAACCUUUUUCCUGCUCGGUUUGUGGUCAAGGAUGCAGUAGCAAGAGUUCCUUAAAAAUACACACAAGAAUCCACACUGGCAAAAAACUUUUUUCCUGCUCAGUUUGUGGUCAAGGAUUUUCUCAAAAGCAACACUUAGAAAGACACACAAGAACCCACACUGGCGAAAAACCUUUUUCCUGCUCUCUUUGUGGUAAAGGAUUCGCUGAAAAAGGAACCUUAAAAAGACACACAAGAACUCACACUGGCGAAAAAACUUUUUCCUGCUCAGUUUGUGGUCAAGAAUGCAGUUGCAAGAGUUCUUUAAAAAUACAUAAAAGAAUCCACACUGGUGAAACACCUUUUUCCUGCUCUGUUUGUGGUCAAGGAUUCACUGAAAAAGGAACCUUAAAAAGACACAAAAGAACCCAUACUGGCGAAAAAACUUUUUCCUGCUCAGUUUGUGUUCAAAGAUUCAAUUGCAAGAGCACCUUAAUACAGCACAGAAGAACCCACACUGGCGAAUAACCUUUUUCGUACUCAGUUUGUGGUCAAAGAUUCAUUCGGAAAUAUUGGAUAAAGAGACACUUUUGUGUUUAAGUAAGGAGCAGUGGCCAAUGACUGUUUUGCCUGUCAUCCAUGUUGGCGUCAUCAGAUUUUGUGCACGUAGGACGAUUGUAUUCCACAGAGCUUCCUUAUAUCUUGUUGAGCAUAGGUUCUUUUGGUAACUUGCUUUGUCCAAUUGUUUUAUGAUGUAUAUCCACCCUAUUCCCAAAACCUCAGCUGAUUGAACUCUAUCAAGUUUGUAAUGUUUGUGUGCCUUCUCAGUUGUUUUUCUUUUCAUUCCAGCAUAUGAUUCAGCUGGAUGGGCGGGGCUGUGCUGUGGCGCAGUAGGAGCGCUCAUUAUUUAAAGUCACUGUCAUUAUAUGCGAGUGUCGGACUAUUGCUUAGUUAGUUUUACUUUACUUGUUUACUUUGUUUUUUGCCUUUUCUGGCCAUUGACGCCUUCCCCUUGGUUUCCUUGCCGACUCGGUUCGUGUGCCUUUUUGUAUUUUUUCUCGCUUCUUUUGGCGUG